AUGGCGUCCGCCUCGGCGUUCACGAUCAACUUCGUCAACAAGUGCUCUUACGAUGUCUGGGCGGCUGUCGGCGCUGCCCCCAACGGCCAGCCUGACCCCUCCAUUGCCUGGGGCCAGAAGCUCGGCGCUGGUGCCACUGCCAGCACUGGUGUCGACGACCACGCUCUCGGUGUCCGCGCUUGGGGCCGUACCGGCUGUGACGGCAACGGCGCUAACUGCCAGACUGGUGCCUGCAACGGCGGCCUCGUCUGCAACGACGCUGGUAUCACUGCCGCGGCCAUCUACUCCGAGUACGGCUACGGCGACCAGGGCCAGUGGGGCGGCGAGCUCACCUCCUGGGACCUCUCCUACGUCGGUGGCCACGUCAACAUCCCCACCAGCCUCUCGUCUUCGGACGGCAAGAGCGUCUCCUGCGCGGCGGACGGCUGCCCGACCGACCAGGCCUACCAGAACCCCGACGACCACGCGGCCGUCCGCCAGUCCGCCCUCGGCGCGACCUACACCCACACUUUCUGCCCUUAA